CAAUUUUUAUGGAAUGGCAACGAAAACAUCUGUGAAUGAUUUGAUCGUAUGUCCCAUUUGUUAUGAGAUUUUUCAGGAUCCCAAGUCAUUGCCACAGUGUCUGCAUACAUUCUGUAAGUCUUGUAUCAAAUCUUAUAUAUCGUCUUCUGUAACAGAUAAAUCACUGAACAAGACUUAUUUUCACUGUCCUGUGUGUCGGAAAUGUUAUCACGUGACAAAUCCUGAGGAGUGGGUGGAUACCUUACCACACAAUUAUUUAAUCGUCAGUUUAACCGACCAGGAGCAAAUGGAAAACAAAGAACCUUCGUGUGAUAUCUGCAAUAGGCUAAGCAAUUUUCAACCGGCAAUUUCUUGGUGCCAGGAAUGUUGCGAUCAAUUGUGCGAAACUUGUGUCAAAUUUCACCAGGUCGGCCGACAAACUAUGGAACACAAACUGUGCAAUAUCGGGGAGCAAACCCAGAAGAUUAAUCUUAGCGUUGAAUUGUUUUGCAAGCAGCAUACCAGUAGAAGAUUAGAAGUUUAUUGUUUUGACCACAAAGAGGCGUGCUGUCUAAUGUGUGCUACGGUGUCUCAUAGAAAAUGUGAAAAAGUCACUAGUCUGGAAGAUUGUGCCCAGAAUUGCAGUGCAGACAUACCAAACAUUUGCUCUGAAAUGGAGGACAUCCAAAAAGCGUGCGACACUGAAAUAACACGAGUUACGGGCGACAUGAAAAGUCUAGAGAAAGAAUCAAAAGACAUAGAACACAAGGUUAAAACCAUGACUGAAGAUAUCAUCAAUGUUGUACGGGAUAAGGAACAAACUCUUCUAGAGAACCUAAAGAAAAUAGAAAAAAAGCAAUCAAUGCUCUUAAAAAAUAGUAUAGACGAGUUUUCCGAUAUAAAAAAGAAAAUAGAACAUGAUGUCCAAAUUCUAAAGAAUUCGGAUAGACUACACAAAAUUUCCUUAUUUUUGGAGUUAAAACGAAUAGGAAAAACAGUUUCCGAAGCUCAUAUAGACGUUGAUAGGCUCCAGAAAGAAUAUCACACAUCUACUUUAGAUGUACAUGUCGAUGAAACUGUACAAGCGUUUCAUUCUUCUUUUAAUACUUUUGGAGAAAUCAAAGUCAAGACCAAUAGCAAAAUAAAUUAUCAGUCUGGGCAGAUUGUGUUUGAGAAAUCAGUGACCGUGGAAGAGAGUCAAUACUUUUCUGACGUUGACGUUAUUGAUGACCGCUAUAUCGUAACUACUGGUCGGGAUAACAAAAUGGUGUAUAUAUUGGAUGAAAAUGGAAAACGAUUGUCGUCAUUGAAACUGGCUGGAUCUCCUUGGGGUAUUGCAGCAAUGCAAAACAAAGCUUUCUGUGUGGCUAUGCGAAAUCCUGGUCUUGUUGGGUUUUUUAAAGUACAUGGAAAUCUUUCAAUUUCAACUGAAAAGGAGCUGAAUAUGUCUCAAAAUGCAUGGGGUAUAUGUGUAUAUGAAGACAGAAUCGUUGUUUCUAUUGAAAGUAAGUACAAUGGUCAAGUAUUUAAAUUUUAUGACCAAGAAGGCAAUUAUUGUGAAGAACACAUAAUAACACCAGGAUCUUCAAAUUGUGGUGCAGUGCUAGCUACAUCAAACAAGUGUCUAUUUUAUACACACCACGACGGGAAUUCACUUUUUUCUGUUGACAUUAGCAAAUCAAAAUCAGCUUCCCCGGUGUACCAAGGAAAUAUUAUGAAACUACCAAUAGGCGUAACCUGUGAUCCGAAUGGGAAUGUUUACGUCGCUUGUUAUGGAUCAAAUAAUGUUCUUCAAUUCGAUAAAAACGGAAACUUUAUCAGAGAGAUUAUAAAAGAAGAAUCAGCGGUUCAGAGGCUGUAUGGGAUACGGGUCAAAAGAUUGGGAGAUGACGUCAAAUUGAUUCUUACAGCACAUGGAAAGGUGCUUGUUUACAAUUUUAUGAAGUGACUGAUGUAGUGUUUGUGGUGAUGAUUACAUGAAAGUUGUUUUAUUUGUGACAUUUUGUUUUUUUUAAUUUCAAGUAAUGUGCUAUUUGUUUAUAGAGCUAGACCUUACGAAAUAUGUAAUGUAACUGUUCAUGCAUAAAUUUCGGUCUGAGAGAUAAAUAAAUUUUACCAUGGACUUCUACAACAUACUAUGAUAUCAACUUAAUGGUGUAAAAUUUAGCAGCAUAUGGCUAUCUGUCUACCACAAGUAAUGUAGCCAUAUGGUGUAAUAUUUUUAUCAACUUUAUUUGUGAUUUUAACUAUUGAUGCAUUUUUGGAUACUCUUUUAUCAUUUCUAAGAUGGUGAAACUAUAAUUAAUUCCAGUGUAUUGAAGGUCAUUUAAGGUUUAGAGAUGAAGUUUUAAGUACAUUUCAAGAUUUAAUAGGUGUGUGCUAGAGUGAUCUUUUUUUGUAAAGAAAAAGUUUAAGUAUGGUUUGAUUACUUGUAUAAUUGUGUGAAAAUCAGAAAACUUCCACCUGUGAUUUUGUGUACUUGCAUUAUGUGAAAUUGAUUGCAAACAAAGGUUUGUGUGCAUAUUAAAUAUUAAUCUGUUGUUGAGUUGAAUAUUUAUAUCAAUAAAUUUAUAUGUAGCCCUA